AUGGUGCUGGCGCAGCGCCAACGGUCGCUGGCGCAGCACCAACGGUCGCUGGAGCAGCACCAACGGUCGCUGGAGCACCACCAACGGUCGCUGCAGCAGCACCAACGGUCGCUGGAGCAGCGCCAACGGUCGCUGGAGCAGCGCCAACGGUCGCUGCAGCAGCACCAACGGUCGCUGGAGCAGCGCCAACGGUCGCUGCAGCAGCACCAACGGUCGCUGGAGCAGCACCAACGGUCGCUGGAGCACCACCAACGGUCGCUGGAGCAGCGCCAACGGUCGCUGGAGCAGCACCAACGGUCGCUGGAGCAGCACCAACGGUCGCUGGAGCAGCACCAACGGUCGCUGGAGCAGCGCCAACGGUCGCUGGAGCAGCGCCAACGGUCGCUGGAGCAGCACCAACGGUCGCUGGAGCAGCACCAACGGUCGCUGGAGCAGCGCCAACGGUCGCUGGAGCAGCACCAACGGUCGCUGGAGCACCACCAACGGUCGCUGGAGCAGCGCCAACGGUCGCUGCAGCAGCACCAACGGUCGCUGGAGCAGCGCCAACGGUCGCUGCAGCAGCACCAACGGUCGCUGGAGCAGCACCAACGGUCGCUGGAGCACCGCCAACGGUCGCUGGAGCAGCGCCAACGGUCGCUGGAGCAGCACCAACGGUCGCUGGAGCACCACCAACGGUCGCUGCAGCAGCGCCAACGGUCGCUGGAGCAGCGCCAACGGUCGCUGGAGCAGCGCCAACGGUCGCUGGAGCAGCGCCAACGGUCGCUGGAGGAUCACUCGUUCAACAAUGCCAAAGUCGUUUCUCGUGAAACAAUAUUUGUUUGCAGGAAGGCUGGAGACUUAAAACAUAAAGAAUAA